GUAGACUCGUAUCGCGGCCGGUGGCGAGGCGGCGCUGCCAGUCGGCAUUUGGCAGUCAGUUUAGCGGACUCGGACCGCGCAGUAGCGCGGCGCGUUGGUGCUUGUAGUUUUUUAGUUUGACAGUUGGCGCGUUUUUCGUUUCUGUAUAAUUAGGUUUUUGGUGGAAAGCAUAGAUUUUAAGUUAGUGUAAUCUGUGUUUUUUCUGUUUACCUUUUGUGUUCGACUAGUCCCUUGUGUAUUACUCAUUGCCGGCUGUGAAUUAAGUGAUUGCACGCCCUGUGUACUCUCGCCACAAAGUGCAGGAUUUUGUGAAUAUUUUCGUAUCUACUAUUUCCUGUGACUGCCAUCGACCGUGAUAAGGAACAAGGUCGCCACCUGCAUAAUAGGGAGCCAUACGCCUCGGCGGAAAGACGGGUGCGUUACGCACUCGUGAUCUAGAGGGAGGUCGGGCGUGGUGCCGGCGGCGGCCGCAAGCCCGGCACCAUGGCUACCGUGGAAGGGCGGCCGGCGCAGUAUGGCGUCACCCUUCGGCAGCUGCGCGAGCUUAUGGAGACGCGCGGCGCGGAGGGCCUCGCCAAGAUCAACGCGCUCGGCGGGCCGCAGGAAGUGUGCAAGAAGCUUUACACAUCGCCCACAGAUGGUCUUAGCGGUUCGAAAGCUGACAUGCAGCACAGGCGGGAAGUGUUCGGUUCCAAUUUGAUCCCGCCGAAGCCACCCAAGACCUUCCUCACCCUGGUCUGGGAGGCGCUGCAGGACGUCACGCUGAUAAUCCUCGAGGUUGCCGCGGUUGUCUCCUUGGGUCUGAGUUUCUACAAACCGUCCGAAGACGAAAGUGAUGUUGACAGUAUUGGGCACAUUGAUGAAGAAGAGGGCCAUUACCAGUGGAUCGAGGGUCUAGCCAUCUUAAUAUCUGUUAUAGUUGUCGUCAUAGUUACAGCGUUCAAUGAUUACACGAAAGAGAGGCAAUUUCGAGGGCUGCAGUCGCGGAUAGAGGGCGAACACAAGUUCGCGGUGAUCCGCGGCGGCGAGGUGAAGCAGAUACCGAUCAGCGACAUCGUCGUCGGCGACAUCUGCCAGAUCAAGUACGGCGACCUGCUGCCCGCCGACGGCGUGCUGCUGCAGAGCAACGACCUCAAGGUGAGCCCCGCCCGCACACCCGCCGCGCGUGCACUGUACACCCACACCACACACACCCUCGCUGCACCUACACCCGCUUUCCUCUAUAAGCACAACUUCACUCUGAAAAAAGACCAACAAGUUGAAAAUGCGAGCGAGAGCGUGACAGCGAGCGGCAGACCCUCGGGCACGGCCACCACCAGCACGGUGACACCGAUGAUGAGAUGCUUCACCAGGUUGUUGAUGUACGUGGCUUUCCACUCGCGGCCCUCGAUCACGAACGUGUGCACGCAGAACUGGAUGAUGAGGAUGAUCACCGUCAGCACGGCGAUCGUCGAGCCCGCCACGGACUUCUCCUUCUUGUGCGCGGCCUCCGGCGCGGGCUUGUCGCCGGCGCCCGCCACGUGGUUGUCCUCCGCGCGCGCGUGGUUGGCGCCGCCGCCCGCCUCCUCCUCGCCUGCGCACCGCACACCCACCCGCCCACAGCCGUCGCAGGACCCGACGGGCCCGCCCAUGCAGGUGGGCAACAAGACGGAGUGCGCGCUGCUGGGCUUCGUGCUGGCGCUGGGGCAGAGCUACGAGGCGGUGCGCGAGCGCCACCCGGAGGAGUCCUUCACGCGCGUCUACACCUUCAACUCGGUGCGCAAGAGCAUGUCCACCGUCAUCCCCUACAAGGGCGGCUACCGGCUCUACACCAAGGGCGCCUCCGAGAUCGUGCUCAAGAAAUGCGCAUUCAUAUACGGGCACGAGGGUCGGCUGGAGAAGUUCACGCGCGACAUGCAGGACCGGCUCGUGCGGCAGGUCAUCGAGCCCAUGGCGUGCGACGGGCUGCGCACCAUCUCGGUGGCCUACCGCGACUUCGUGCCCGGCAAGGCUGAAAUCAACCAGGUGCAUAUAGACCAAGAGCCUAACUGGGAUGACGAAGACAAUAUUGUGAACAACUUGACUUGCCUGUGUGUUGUUGGUAUUGAAGAUCCGGUCAGACCUGAGGUGCCCGAGGCCAUCCGCAAGUGCCAGAAGGCCGGCAUCACGGUGCGCAUGGUGACGGGCGACAACGUCAACACGGCGCGCUCCAUCGCCGUCAAGUGCGGCAUCCUCAAGCCCUCCGACGACUUCCUCAUCCUCGAGGGCAAGGAGUUCAACCACCGCAUCCGCGACGCCAACGGGGAGGUCCAGCAGCACCUGAUCGACAAGGUGUGGCCGAAGCUGCGCGUGCUGGCGCGCUCGUCGCCCACGGACAAGUACACGCUGGUGAAGGGCAUGAUCGAGUCCAAGGCGUUCGACACGCGCGAGGUGGUGGCGGUCACCGGCGACGGCACCAACGACGGGCCCGCGCUCAAGAAGGCCGACGUGGGCUUCGCCAUGGGCAUAGCGGGCACGGACGUGGCCAAGGAGGCGUCCGACAUCAUCCUCACGGAUGACAACUUCUCGUCCAUCGUGAAGGCGGUGAUGUGGGGCCGCAACGUGUACGACUCCAUCGCCAAGUUCCUGCAGUUCCAGCUCACCGUCAACGUGGUGGCGGUCAUUGUGGCCUUCAUUGGUGCUUGCGCGAUACAGGACAGCCCGCUUAAGGCGGUGCAGAUGCUGUGGGUGAACCUGAUCAUGGACACGCUGGCCUCGCUGGCGCUGGCCACGGAGAUGCCGACGGCGGACCUGCUGCAGCGCAAGCCCUACGGCCGCACCAAGCCGCUCAUCUCGCGCACCAUGAUGAAGAACAUCCUCGGCCAGGCCUUCUAUCAGCUGUUCAUUAUCUUCUCCCUGCUUUUUGUUGGUGAUCGAAUCCUGAACAUCCCGUCGGGGCGCGGGCAGGAACUGGGCGCGGAGCCCACGCAGCACUUCACUAUCAUCUUCAACACGUUCGUGAUGAUGACGCUGUUCAACGAGAUCAACGCGCGCAAGAUACACGGCCAGAGGAACGUGUUCGAGGGGCUCUUCACAAAUCCCAUUUUCUACUCCAUAUGGAUCGGCACUGCGCUCUCCCAGGUGGUAAUCAUCCAGUUCGGCGGCAUGGCGUUCAGCACGGCGGGGCUGUCGGUGGACCAGUGGCUGUGGUGUCUGUUCUUCGGCGCCGGCACGCUCGUCUGGGGGCAGCUCAUCACCACCAUCCCCACGCGCAAGAUACCCAAGAAGCUCUCUUGGGGCCGCGGGCAACCGGACCCGGAGACGAUCCAGCCGGGGCCGGACUACGACAGCGACCUGGACAAGAAGCCCCGCGCCGGGCAGAUCCUCUGGAUCCGGGGCCUCACGCGCCUGCAGACUCAGCUGCGCGUGGUGCGCGCCUUCAAGUCGACGCUGGAGGACCUGGAGGAGCGGCUGUCGGCGCACUCGGCGGCCGGCCUGCGCUCGCGCCUGCGCGCCGCGCCCGCCGCCGCCGACGCCGCCGACGCCGCCGACGCCGCCGACAUCGCCUACAUCGACGACGAGCGCGAGGCGACCGCCUUCUAGCGACCGGACGUUCCCAUGUGUUACGUUUACGACGAUUCUAUGUUAAGCGAACGAAAGAUUUUUUUCUAAAUUGUGAGGUUAGACGGUUCUUAAGAGCGUUCCGUUUCAGAGGUUGACGGUAAGUGUAGGCCGACGCGCAGGCGGGCGCCGACAGGGGUGAUGGGUCACAUUGACGUAGCGGAUUCGGGGGUAGACGCGGCCGGUACUCUCAGUGAUAGAAUUGCAUGCGGUGAGGGUAUUUUCAAAAGAGCUUCCCCUCGUGGAGCGAUUUUUAGACUUGUUUUUUUUUUAAUUUUCUACUGUAAACUCAAUUCAAAUAAAAUAUCGAACGAUUUUAUAGCAAAUUUAAGAAACGUUAAAAGAAAAAUUAAACUCCAUCCCGCGUCGUCUUCCCUAGAUGUAAAUACUAAGCAAGCGUUGCGCGCGCGCAGAGCCCCUUUGAAAAUCGACUCGUGACACUUUUCUAAUACUGAUUGUACUGAUAGUUAGCAUGAGCCUCGUCUUGCACGUUGUUUGCCUUCGGUACUCUAACGGUACACUACACGCAAGGACAAACGCUCAACACUAGGACGACGUAUGUAAGUCUUCGCACAUGAAUCGUGAAUGUCCGUUUUAUUUCGAUUUAAAAGAUCGUGUCUCGUUCUAAUCUUUUUAUGGCAUAAAUGAAUAACUUUAAAUGCACGAGUCCCGAUAAGCGCGGGCGCCUUUUAAUUUCGCAAAUUACUUUCUUAUGAUUUCUUAUGAUACAUGUGCGAAGUGCGACCAGCCUUAUUGAUCGUUUGCGUCAAGUUAGUUUUAAGCGCAGAGUAUAUUGGAGAAUUGUUAGUGCGUGGUACAAAAAGUUGUUUUUAAUUUUUGUCAUUUUGUAAUUUGUUUUUUUUUUACUCGCUUCGCAUUUAAAGUGUGAUCAUGCUUAUGUUACAGCGUUUGCAUGUAGACAGGUGUAUGUGAGUAUGCACAAUUUGUAUUUUUUUUUUUUUGUUGAAUUAGACGUUUGGUAGAUUUUAUUUAAUAGUUGUGCGCUGAUCAUAUAUAUAUUUUUUAAUUUAUUUAGUCUCGAAAGUUCUAUUAGUCGUAGUAAUCUGUUGAGAUCUGUAUAAAACUACCAAACCUCUAAAUUUAGAUUAAGCAGCUAAAACGAGGAAAUAAAAUCAUAUGUAUGUCUCCACUACACCAAAACUAGAAAAAUAAGUACCUAAUUUACCAUUUUAAUAUGCUUUUACAUUUUAUUUUAUUUUUUGUUUCUUUAUGUUUUAACGUUGACUCGGUUGUGUAAGUACUUAUUCAUUAAGUUUUAUUUUCUUUUUGAUUUACGUGUAACGAAUACUUAUAACUAAUGAUAAACAUAACUUAACCGGCAUAUAAACGACCAGUAAAACUCAUUUUAAUAAAGUAUUUAUUUGAACA